ACAGACGCCGUUCCGUGAUUGCGAAGGCGCUGCGAGACUCCGUACCGUGCUCUGUUGGAACCGCUGGCUCCCGAAUCGUGCUUUGUCGUUGUCGCGCUGUGUGUCGUGUCGUCGUGUGUUGUGUGGGGCAUGAAGACGCGAGACUCGCGGGCUCCGGUUUGGAUUAGGAGCGCGCGAUGAACGACGGAGGCACAGCGGUUGCUGCGCGUUGUAGCGUCGCUCCUCGUGGUGGCGGACGGCGACGUCGCGCGGUGUUGUCAUCCGUCCUUGGCGAGGAGUGAGGCGGGACCCCAGCCUGCCGGGACCAUGUGCGACCCCCGAACGGUGAUCGAGGGAUCGCUCAAGUACCGCGAUGGACGCAAGUGGAAAAGUCGCUGGUGCGUGGUCUCCAAGCUCUCGCCCGUCGCAGACUGCAUCCACGUGCAGCUGUACCGGGACAGCCGGGAGCGCUGCAAGAGCGGGCCGACCAAGGCGUCGCUGUCCCUGGCCGGCUGCCUCGGCCUCGAGGCGGGCUUCACGCUGGACAAGGAGAGCCACACGCUCGCCCUCAUCUGCCCCGACCUGGUGCUCGCCCUGGCCUUCGACUCCAGAGAACUUCUCAUCCAGUGGCAGGUCAAGAUUCGCGCCAAUGUUGCAGAAGUCCAACAGUUCCUGGUGCAAAUCUGGCACUCUCCGGGCCGCGCCAAGCUGGCCAGUGGUCCUGCGCGACUCCAUCUUCAAGACCACUUGUUCUGUCUAACCUCGGGCAUACCCCCAAGGCUUCUAGGCACGUGGCCACUCAAGGAGCUGCGUCGGUUCGGUCUCGUUGAUGGAAAGUUCUGCUUUGAAGGCGGCUCCAAAUGUGGCAAAGGUGAGGGCCUGCACGUGCUGCACACUAACCAAACAGAGGAACUGGCUGAAGCCUUCGAGGCAGCAUCUCGUGGGAAACUGGCCAGCCGCAAGAAACUGCCAUGCAAGCCUUCCGUUCUGGAGACUCCCUCUCGGAUGUCCCUUCAGCCACGAGCUCGGGCUCAGGAUUCAAGUCAGUGUUGCAGCAGCGAGUCCCGACAGCCACUCUUGGGCUCUUCCUGCUCCGACGCUGGCUCGUGCGACGCCUGCUCCGAGAUUGUGCGCUUCGCAAGCGACGCGCAGCUUUCAGACGACGUGUUCCGCAGUAGGACCUUCUGCAAGGUCCACUACAGGUGGCCAUCGUGUGUGUCACACUGUGGUCAUGCAGCGAGUGUCUCAUCCAGCGAGGCCGAGAGUGCCGACACAGUGUCCCUGACCAUCAGUGAUAUUCAGGAGACCCCUCCCAGUGCCAAGGAGAUGGUGCCUGACACAACUCUUCCGAUGAACCCCACUCCAGCAAAUGGCAGCGCUCCAGCUGUCUGGACGUACACUCACUGCGGCAAGUGCGGGAGGCACUACUGUGCCCGCUGCAGCUACGGCAGCCACAGCAGCCAGAGCGGCAAGUCUCCGGAUGGAAGCAAGGGCUUUGCACCUCACUGGACCAUGGAUCUGAGGGUGGCCCCCUCGCAGGCCAGCGAUGCAGCCGUGCAUUCCAGGCUAUCUGGAGUGGGCAGUAUGGCAGGGUGCGCCCACCUGCCCAAGCCCUCGGACCGGUCGUCGGUCUGCUCCCAGAGCAGCGGCACCAGCAGCGCUAGCACAAGUGGCGCCAGCACGAGCUCUUCCGAGUACAAUGUGCCCAGGAGUUUCCUCGAGUCGCUUUACGAUCAGCCACGGAACAUCAUUCACACAGACAGCGAACUCUUCAGGGUGCGCCCAUCGUCUUCCGGUGCAACACCGUCGCCCAUGGUGGACCUGCCGGCGGGGAUCCACCAGAGCAUGCUCCCUUGCCCGUGCACCUCGCGGAGCAGUCAACCGCGCGUCGACUCCGGCAUCACCCGGUCCAGCUCAGGGUCGAGCGACUCCCCGCUGGGGUCGCCCAAGCGUCUGACCCAGGCCGCUUUCUUCCCCGCCCCUGUGGCCAAGCCCCUCAACAGCCCCGUGCCCUGCCAGACCCCCAAGUCUGCCUGUACCUGCGGGCUUAGGCCCCUGGCUCAGUACCUCAACUACGACGUGCCCAGGGCGGCCCUUGCCAAGCUUUACUUAAGAGAAAAACAAGGACAGAGGAGCUCCUUUGAGGGAACAGCUGAUCCCAAGGGGAAUGAUCUACCUACAACCCCUGGACAGCAGUAUGAUGUCCCCAAGAAAUUCAAGGAACAGUUGAUCCAGCAAGAGUGCCAGGCCUCCGGCCGAGCGGGCUGUGUGCUGCCAGUCGCCUGCAACUGUGGUGGUGGGCUUCUGUCAGAGCCCCUGCCCACCUGUCAUGAGCCAUGCACAUGCCGGAGGGUGGCUUGCUGGGCAGGUAGCCUAGUGCCCUGCCUCCGAAGAACAGCAAACUGUGGUGAAGACAGCCACCCUGCCCAAGUGGUCCCCCUAAACUGCCCCACCGCCCCAGCUACCAUCUGCAAAGAGCCUGGAAAGAAAGCUGAAUGCGGGUCCCUACAAACUCCUUUCGUUUCUGCCGAGCAAUUGACGAUGGACCACAAGUUCCCGGAGGACCCUUGCUCGAACUACGCCAACUGCCAGUUCAUAGAAUCCCUCUCCCUCUACCAAAACACAUGUGGCCUUUCUUUAGCCGUGCAGCAGCCUGAAAACGAAAAGACGCUAGAAGUUGUGAAAGAGCAAAAGGCGUCUGCAGGCACGAAGACCUGCGAAGCAUCUCCUUUACAUGGCAGCAAAAGUUUGGAAAGCACUGCGGACAAUGCGGGUUCGUUGAAGAGGCCAAAAGUGAAGAGUUCCCCGUCCAACUCGUCAGGAGAAAGUUACGAGGUGAUGUCAUUUCGCAACGCUUCUGACUAUCGCCUGACUGUCGUCUGCGACGGAAAUUAUGUGGCAAUGCGACCGAUCGAACCUUGUAAAUGUGACAACGAGAAUAGAUCUGCCAGUGUGAGCCGAAGCGAGAACCAAGACACAAAAAGGACUCCACUUCCGCUGCGGCCUUUCAUGCCUUACUUGCUUCCGUGCGAGGAAGAAUUUGUGGAGGAGGCGUCUUCGGACGAGCCCGGCUGGAAAGCUGCCGAGGGCUCCAGAGCUCGAUUCUUCAAAAAUGGAUGGUCCAAUGGUGGAAAGUCCUCCCAGACAAAACCUUCGGCGCUUUCGAACUCCCUCGGAGACCUGAAGAGGAAAGUCCUCACCAAGCGAAGAUCCAAUUCUGCAGACGGUCGCCAGGAAUCGGCCGAACUCUCGGAAACAGAGGACUACCCCGUGGCAUCUCCUACCCGGGCCUGUCAGUCAAAGGAGAGGCGGAGCGCCCUGUCUAAGCUCCCCUUGCGAAGCAGAGAAAGGUCGGGGAACCACCCGGUAGACGUGACACCACCCUCCUCCGUGCCUUCGACACCGAACAACCGCUCGAUGGAGAAUCUCUUUCGCAUUCCAUUCCACCGGUCGGCUGACUGCCUCAAGCUCAAAGGAGACUUCCACUUCUCAGAAGAGGACCUGUCUGCAAAUGGCAGGGAGACCUCCGACACUCGUGACAUUCCCUCUGCCGGAUCGAGCAUCAAGCGCUCCUCGAGCGUGCCGUGCAAGCCCCAGCCGCUCGACCAGAUAUCGAGUCCCUCCGAUUCGGGAGUGUCCACCAGUCUUCCUGAGAGCUCGGAGACGGUGUGCGAACUGGCGGCUCACGACGGAAUCCUCCUCACGGGCAUCCACUCCUCGUUACCAACGAGGCUCGACGAGGGCCCAGGAUCGACUCCAGGGCACCGAAUGUGCGACAAUAUGAGAAAGUGCACCCACAUACAAGAAGCUUUCGCCCGCUGCCCCCAGCAGCAGCAGCUGCAGUACGCGUUGCUGGGAAACGUGGGGCCGGCCAUCGGCAAGACCUGCUCGGGAGGAAGCAGCACGACUUCUUCAGACAGCGACUACAUCGAGACGCUCUCGCUGUGCAGCAGUGGUAGCAACGGCAGUGGCUCAGAAUACGUGCGCUGCUGCGAUGACUGCAAAGCUACCCCCGCAUGCCCUGCCGUAUCCUGCGCGCUCAAGCCACGCUCGGCCAAAGAGUACAAUUCGGUUGAUCGGUCGGGAGUUCGGCCGGAGGGAGAGGAAGAAAGAUAUGCCGCACACGUGCUUGCGUGCCACAGAGCCCACCAUCAUGCGCCCAUUCAUCUGACCCUACCCAAGGCGUCCUCUUCGUCCAGAGGUUCCCCUGCCAAGCAAGCCUUCACGUCGUCGUCCUCGGUCGGCUGCGGGUCAGCCUCCGACUUGGCCUCCUUGACUUAAGUCCAUGGGAGUGCUGCCUAAGGGGAAUGCAGAAAGCUCUAGUCUCUUCCAGACGAGGCUGCCAUGACACACUGGCAAACAAACGUGUCUAUGGUUGACAAAAAGAACAAUCUGUUGCGUUCAAAUCAAGUGUACAGGUUUCCAUGGGCAAAAAUGAACAAAACUGAGCUUUUUGUUUUCCUUCUCAAUUUGCGAUGGGCUACUGCUAGUUUUAAUUUAUCGUCGGAGCAUUUAUCUGAGCUGAAGCAUCUAUCCAUUGCAUUUUGGGAAGUUGUUGGCAUUUCACCUGAUUUGCUGUCAUUCAGGACAGACCUCCUUUUUAUAAUUUUUUAAAUGUCUCGAUGAAAGAGUUUGUGCUGAUGCAGUCACACUGGAGAGAUGACAAAAUGCGUGCCAUCAGAAGUUAAUUUGAGAUCCGUUUAUGACUCCGGAUACCAAGUUUCCUGCAUUCCUUCUUUGUGGCUUUUGGCUCGCUUCACCCUGGAGCUUUCAGAUGAGCAAAUUGGCUGCUGUGAGGACGCCGUGGUCAAUAUGAGUGGCAUGCCUAGUUGUUAGCUUUGUAGAUACACAUACUUCAUUGAUUGUCAUCCUGUUUUAUUGUCAGAGACUAAAGGCAAGUCUCGCAUGAUUUCCUAGAUGUACAAAGGGAGGGGAAUUAAUUUUAAUGUUUGUACAGGUCACUCUAUCGUGAUGUUACUUCUUCCCACAUGCGAGUCAGUGACACGAGGGGGGGAAUAAGCUUUCUUUAGUGCCAGAGAUACGUAUGCGUCGUAUAGCUGUAUAAAAAUGUUUCCUUUUUCAUCGAAGUUUUGUGCAAUAUAGUUACAUACAGCCAACAUCUAAGAGAGGAAAGUAGCUUUUUGGUCUCACACCCACUAGCAUUGUCUGUCUGGUACUUCCGAACACUAAUAACAGUGGCGGACUUAAGGUAUGCAUACGGAUUGUGACAAGUCAGAGUGUGGGUCUUCCUGUUUUGAAAGGGCCCUUUGAAGGUUCUGUUGUCGACGAGUGCAAAUAUACGGGUGCCACCCAUGCACCUACUUGUGCACUCGAGACCUAUAAGUAUCAUAUCACGUCAUAUGGCAUAUCAAUGCUCAAAGGUUGAAUGGAAAAGGUAACACAAAGCAGAUUAACACAUUCUAGUCAUUUACUAAGCAAAUUACCUAUUCUUCCAAAAAUGUUCCAAAUAGCCGUGAAAAAAAAAAAAAAAUAAUUUGAUGCUUGAAACAGAGUAUGAAUUUUUCAGAGUUGGUUACUAAGGAGAUGGAAGUUUGCACAGGGCCAUUUUUGUUUUGCAUUUUAGAUUUCACUUUAUAUGGCAUUGAAUACUGACUCCAAGGUGCUAUGUUCAAUGUGAGCUGGACAACCCAUAGAGUUUUAAGACUACUCCUUUAAAUUCGCUCUGGACAACCAGGCAAGUAGCCAGGAUUUUGUUUCGGGGGGGGGGGGGGCCGCCCAUGACAAAAUGCUGUAUGAGGGGGAGGGGAGAGGAGGUCCCAGCAAACCGGAAAAUUUCGGGGCGGAGCCCGAGCCCCGUGGGCCCUCCCCCUGGCUACGUGCCCGAGACAAACUCAUGCAGCAUGCAGGCACUGCUAAAUCCAGUUUCUUCAGAAAGUAUCACUCCCAAGGAUAAGUAGGUAAUGGGCUUCCGGCUGAUUUCUGGUGACACUGAACAUUACAGCGGUCCUCGUGCAAGCAUGCAUUUCAAUGAAAUGAAAUUCUACGCCUAGACUCUAGAGACAGCUCAAGUAAACCAUGAUAGUUCAUCUCUUGUGGGCAUUGCCUCAUUGUAAGAUAAUACAUAAAAGUUUGUCCAGUAUAUGGCCAAUAGCAGUGCUGGUACAAAUACCAAUAUAGCAUCCCGUUAAUGUCAGUUCUUUCCCCUUCCCAAUUUGUGUUAAUAAGAUAUUCCUUUUGUUUUUGUCUUUCUGGCUACAUGUAAAUAGGCCUGUAUAAAGGCACCUCUUUGGCAAUUCAGGCAACUUCUGCCUGGUAGCCGAACUGUCUUUGCGGACGAGGUGUACCCAAGGCGUACAUAUGGGUUCCCGGUUUCUGUUUUCCACAGGAAAGUCGUUUCCAAAGAUACAGUGUCGAGUGAGUCAUUGUGCAGUAAUGUGUAUGUCGAUUUCAGCAUUUCCCCGAACAGCUGAGUUGGUGUAGACUAUAGGCAAGCCUGUCUAGGAGUCACAAUAAAAAAUGACUGUACAACUUCCA